AUGGCCGCCACUCUGCCCAACGUUUCCGCCGACCUGAUCUGGGAGGUCGUCCGCGCCCAGAAUGCGUUCCUGGUCAACCGCAACGACGCCGGCGGUCUCCAGCUCUCCCGCGACCCCCUUAACCUGGUCAACAAGCACUCCCGCAAGUACGCCGGUUUCGUCAACGACAAGGCCAUCGGCGUUGUCCCCAACGAGAAGGGUGGUGUCAAGGUGAUCAGCAAGAACCAGAAGAACUUCAACAAGCCCUCCAAGGGCUACACCGAGGUCACCUACGGCGGCAACAAGUCUUCCCGCAAGACCUACUCCGCCGUUGCCCGCCAGGCUGCCGCCGGCGGCUACCGUGGCGACCUCCGCGAGGCCGCUGUCCAGCGCGUCUCUGCCAUCCGCCGCUCUCAGCGCGCCGUCAAGGCCACCCCCGAGAAGAAGCCCCGCGGUGUCAAGGCCAAGGCCGCCGCCGCUGCCGAGGCUGAGGCAUAA